AUGUUCAACAAAGCGAGCUUCCUCACACGUCUCGUCGCAUCGUCCGUUCGGGUUUCGGAAGCGGCUGGUGGGAUUAUUAAGAAUGUCAUGGCCGGUGGAGACCUCAAAAUCGUCGAUAAAGCGGAAACCGGGUCCGGUUACGAUCCACAAACCGAAGCCGAUCGACGAGCGCAAUAUUGUAUCGUUCAGUCGCUCCAGAAGCAUUUUAAUAAUAUAACGAUCAUUGGGGAAGAGGAAGACACCACCGCCUGCCCUGAAGUAGAACUAGGAUUCAAUGAAGACGUGCUUCUCACAGAUCGUCUAAUCUCUCCAGAAUUGGCGCAAAUCAAAGAGAACGAGGUCGUCGUGUGGGUGGACCCACUCGAUGGCACUUCUGAAGUCGCGUUGGCGGUGAAAAAUAAGAAUUUGGCGCUUCUGGAGCAGGUGACGGUUCUCAUUGGGAUCGCUUAUAAAGGACGUCCGGUCGCUGGAAUCAUUCAUCAACCCUAUCAUUCGACGAGUGGAAGAACGGUCUGGGCGAUUAAAGGGUGUGGAGUACAUGGAUUAGUGCCGGCAACAGGAAACACUCAAAAAACGGUCGUCACAACGCGCAGCCAUCUCAGCGAGUCGGUUUCGAGCGCUCUGGAAGCGCUGAAAACCCGGAAUCUAGCGGAUAAUGUCGAGAAAGUGGGCGGAGCCGGAUUCAAAGUUCUGAAGGUCCUCGAAGGCUGCGCGGCGUACGUCUUCGCAAGUGCCGGAUGCAAGAAAUGGGACACUUGCGCCGUGGAGGCUGUGCUCACGGCCGCCGGCGGUCGGCUCACCGAUAUCAGUGGCCGAGAAAUUCGCUACGAGCCGGACGUGCAGCUAAACAACACGGGCGGUGUGCUGGCGACGGCUUCAUGGGUCAAACAUCAGGAAUACAUUGAGACGAUCCCAAAAGACAUCAAGAACAACUUGCCGGAAGUCGCUUCGAAGAAAUAA